AUGUCCAACCCCCAAGUACAGGCCAUCGACGGCCCGCUCACCUCAACCGCAACCUUUCUCAUCCUCACCGUCGCCCCCGGCGCCGAGUCCACUGUCGCCUCGGUCCUCGGCUCCAUCUCCGGCCUGUCGAAGAACGUGGCCAUCCGGGACGCCGGCGCCGGCCUCUCCGUGACCGUCGGCAUCGGCGCGCGUGUCUGGGACGCGGUGACCAAGCUGCCCCGCCCGGCCGAGCUGCACGAGUUCAAGGAGCUCAAGGGCGCGACGCACACUGCGCCCAGCACGCCAGGCGACCUGCUCAUCCACAUCCGCGCGGAGCGCAGGGACAUGGUGUACGAGUUUGAGCGGCUGCUCCUCGACCAGCUCGGCGCGGCCGUCAAGGUGCAGGACGAGACGACGGGGUUCCGGUACUUUGACGCGCGCGACCUGCUGGGCUUUAUCGACGGCACGGCGAACCCCAUCGGGCAGGCGCUCGACGCAAGCGUGCUCGUCGCCGCGGGCGACGACGCGGGCGCGGGCGCGGCCGCCGUCGGCGGGUCGUACGUCACGACGCAGAAGUACCUCCACAACCUGGGCGCGUGGAACAAGCUCAAGACGGAGGACCAGGAGGCGGCGAUCGGCCGCACCAAGAUCGACAACGUCGAGCUCGCCGACCAGGCCGACGACGCGCAGAAGCCCCACAAGCAGCUCGCGACCAUCGUCGACGACCAGGGCGUCGAGCACGACAUCCUCCGCGACAACAUGCCCUUCGGCGCGCCGGGCAAGGGAGAGUACGGGACGUACUUUAUCGGAUACUCGCGCAAGCUCUGGGUCACCGAGGAGAUGCUCCGCCGCAUGUUUAUCGGCGUGCCAGAGGGCAAGCACGACAGGAUUCUGGACUUUAGUACGCCGGUGACUGGGAGCGUGUUCUUCGUGCCCAGUGCCGAGGUGCUUGCCAAGAUUGGCAGCUAG